CGGCGGCGGGGGCGGUAGCGCGGGCCGGGAUGCGGCGCUACCUGCGGGUCGUAGGGCUGUGCCUGGCCUGCGGCUUCUGCUCGCUGCUGUACGCCUUCAGCCAGCUCGCAGUGUCCCUGGAGGAAGGAGCGGCCGGAGGACGCAGGCCGCAGGCCGCGGCGAUGGUUUCCUGGCUGGCGGACGGCGAACGCGGCGGCCCCGGGAGAGGCGCGGGCAGCGCGGGCUCGGGCCGGCCGGGCAGGUGUAAAGGUUCCUCUCUGUGUUACUGGAAUCCCUAUUGGAUGCUGCCCUCUGCUGUUUGUGGAAUGAACUGCUUUUGGGAAGCGGCUUUUAGGUACAGUCUGAAAACGCAGCCCACGGAGAAAAUGCACCUUGCUGUUGUUGCCUGUGGUGAAAGACUGGAAGAAACUCUGACUAUGUUGAAGUCCGCUCUCAUUUUCAGCAUCAAGCCACUGCAGGUCCAUAUUUUUGCUGAAGACCAACUGCAUGAUAGCUUUAAAGACAGACUUGACAGCUGGUCAUUUCUGCAAAGAUUUAACUAUACGCUGUACCCUAUCACCUUCCCGAGCGACAGCGCCGUGGAGUGGAAGAAGCUCUUUAAGCCGUGUGCUUCCCAGAGGCUCUUCUUGCCGUUAAUCCUGAAAGAAGUUGAUUCACUGUUGUAUGUUGACACUGAUAUCCUUUUUUUACGACCUGUCGAUGAUAUUUGGUCAUUACUAAAGAAAUUUAAUUCCACACAAAUUGCUGCGAUGGCACCAGAGCAUGAGGAGCCUCGAAUUGGAUGGUAUAAUCGCUUUGCUCGGCAUCCGUACUAUGGGAAGACGGGCGUGAACUCUGGAGUGAUGCUGAUGAACUUGACUCGGAUGAGGAGGAAGUACUUUAAGAAUGACAUGACAACCGCCCGGCUGCAGUGGGGUGACAUACUCAUGCCAUUGCUUAAAAAAUACAAACUGAACAUCACAUGGGGUGACCAGGACCUGUUAAAUAUCAUGUUCUUCCAUAAUCCAGAAAGCCUUUUUGUCUUCCCGUGCCAGUGGAACUACCGACCAGACCACUGCAUCUAUGGGAGCAACUGCCGAGGAGCAGAGGAGGAAGGGGUCUUCAUUCUUCAUGGAAACAGAGGUGUUUACCAUGAUGACAAGCAGCCAGCCUUCAGAGCCGUGUAUGAAGCACUGAGAAAUUGUUCUUUUGAAGAUGAUGCCGUCCGUUCCUUAUUAAAACCUUUAGAACUGGAAUUACAGAAGACAGUUCACACGUACUGUGGAAAAACGUACAAAGUAUUUAUCAAGCAGUUGACGAAAAGCAUAAGAAACCGAUAUGACACACCGCCAAAGGAAAGGUGAUCUGCUGGAGAGCAGCAGAGGAGAUGUGAAGGAAUCGGACUGGAGAAGGAGUUCAGAAGGCGUUUCUCUCUCCAGAAAAAUAAAUCGUCUUCUGAAGAAGUUAAAAGAGUGUUAUAUUCAUGCCAUGAAGAAUAAGUUAAACUCUUGUCCAGUAAGAAGACAAGUUUGGUCUGAUGUUUUGUAACAUUACUUGGUGUCAUUCCAGUGUUAAUGAAAACAUUGAACAGUGUGGCCAGUGGAGCUGUGUUGGCUCUUGAAUCAAGUAAGUAAGAACAGUGGGGGGAUGGAUGGAGAAAAUGUACCUCGAACACAGUGGAGACACUCAAGCUGUGAGUAUAGCAAUAAUCGUAUGUCAGCACUAACCUCACUUUAAAGUGUGGGAAAAAAGUUUACAGGAGCAGAGAAGUUCUGUUUCUCAAGAAAUGUGAUAUAACCAAUGUAACCAUUGACAAUCUAUGUACCCGCAUACAUUUCAUCUCUCUGCUACAAUAUUUUGUGACAAUCAUGUUUAAAAUUAUUUGUAGAUUUUUAAGUAAGCUGCACAUUUAAAAAUUAGCUGUAUGAGAAAGAGGGAGAAAUAGUGAAAACUUGGGGAGGUGUUUGUAUGUGGGGUGUGUGUGUGUGUGUGUGUGUGUGUGUGUGUGUGUGUGUGUAGAAAAAAAAAUUAAGUGUUUUCGUUUUGUAUGUUUUAAACUGUCUUGCCAAACCUAAGCUCUAAGAUAUUUGGGGACAUUUUAAAAAUCACUUUAAGUGAAAAAUUUCAGCUUUACUGGGCAUUCUGGAAGCAAACUAUAUUAUGUUGAUAAUAAAGUGAGGAUCUAAACCGAAACACUAACAGGAUGGUGGAAAAUGCAACGGACCAAAUGUAUAAGCCUGUGAGAUUAAAGAGUGGUCCAUUUAGACUUUCCUUCUACCUCAAAGUGCAUUCCAGGAUCCUUUGGAAGAGACAAAUGCACAGCCUUACUUUAGAUUAGGUGGCUGUGGAUUUUUAUAUCUAGCUGUAGAAAAAGUGGCUUCACUUUGGGUAAUGUGCAUAUUUCCUGUUCUGAACAUCAUUGAAGACAGUUGCCUUUUGAAAAUCUGGAAGAUGAGAAACAUUACUCCGUGUCCUUCUUGUCUUGACAGCUAAUGUAGCUGUGGGUUCAGAGUGGGUAGCAUGUGCUGUGCUGGGGCACAUUGUCUCAUCCUGCCCAUCGCUCCUAGGUUAUUGUCUUCUUCUCUUGGGUUUUAAUACUUGUUUGGAGAAAGGGAAAUUAUGAAGGAACUGUAUCACUUGUGAAGAUCCUGCAUCCUCUGCAGUGGACUAUUCAAAAGAAGUGGUCAUUACAGUUGUCCCAACUCAGCCAGGGACAGACUGAGAGAAGGAUUAAAAACAACAAAAGUAUUGGCCCCUUUCUGUGCCCAGAGGAGGGAUUGCUAGGCAGCUCAGUACUCUCAAACAGAUUGGCUGAGAGAGCAGCAGCCGUGAUUCCUUGGCAGAGUGUCAUGGUGAAGUAAGAACCUGUGAACUGUAUUAAUGUUUAACAUGUUAGGUAGAAAAAUGAGAGGUCUCCUCUGAAGUUUGGCUGAUAAUCUGAGGGAGCUUGCUAAAAACAAAUAGCCUGUGUAUACUGUAACUAGGAGUCUUCAAGAAUGUUUUAAUUCAAAGAGACUAAUUUUUAAAUGAAGAUAAAGAGAUAAAUUUUUUAAAUGAAGAUAUUAAGUAUUAUGUGAAAGUGGACUAGGGCUAUAGCUCCACAGUGAGAGUGCUUGCCUAGUGAGCUUAGGCCCAGCACUACAAAAGCAGUAAAAAUGACAAGAAACUGAGAGUCUCACACAGUGGUCCUCAUGGUUCCAAUCUGUUACCUAUCAGCAUCUUGCCACGCUUACUUCAUUCAUUUCCUUUUCUUCUAUUAAAGUCUCAGGCAUCAUUGUAGGUCCCUGCAGUGAAUGUUUCAGUAAUUACAGUAACUACAUCAGACCUGGCAAAAGUGGCAGCUGCCCUUUGGUCUCAUUCUUAGCCAAUCCUUAAACAAAUUUCCCAGCUUGUCUUAGAUGUGCAUGUGACAUGGUGGUUCUGUUUUUCAUGAGUUCCUCAGGAGGUUUGAGAUCAGAUAGUUUGGGAACUCCUGGAAAUGAUUUGCCAUCUUUAAGGUUGAAGCUGAGGUCACAGUUAUUGGUACAGUUGCUAAAUUUAAAGUGCCAUUUUUUUGGAUAGAGGGAGCAGUUGGGGUUAUUGACAAGAUAGGAAUUGAUAUGAGUAAGUUCCUUAAGAUUUUAUUUUUUUCAGUACCUGGAGACACUCAACCCCGUGGGCUUCAGUGUGAUUGGUUGAGGUGGUAUAGAGGAAGGACGCUAAAAUGCAUGGGAACUUCAUUUGUAUAAAAAGAUUUUGGAAAACCUCUAGAAAGUAUAUUUUAAGAAGAUGCAGUUUUCCCGUGUGCAGAAGAGCUCAGAGGUGUGUCGUCGCUUGUCGUGGACACUCCGUACUUCUUGUCUCCAGUGCAGUGACAAGAAGAUUGGCAGCUGGGCCUGUGUAGUGCCUAAGAAGGGCAAGGGCGGCUUGGGAGGGCGACUGGAGGGCUGGUGCAGUUCUGCAGCUACACCAGUGUGUUGACGGAGGCUGGUUUACUGAGGGCCAGCUCCUGAGGCCGAUGCCUUUUGCCUUGUCCUCCAGUGUAGACUUGCUGAUGGUAUGUGGAAGGCGGCCCGUAUUUUACGGAAGAGAAAGUGGAGAAGAGAAGGGUGAUGCAAAUGAAUAGUUAAGAAGAAAGAAAGAAAGAAAGAGAGAGGGGUAAAGAAUGACGAACGGCUGAGUGAGAAGAGAGAUGGAAUGACAGUGGGGAAGUGGAGAAGGAGAGAUGGAGGAAACGUGUACAAAUAUGGGCUCUCCCUGCCGAGGCCACUGCUUGCCGUGUACUGACAGAGCCAGGACAGGUGCCUGGAUUCUUUGGGUGGGGACAGCAGAACCAACCUUGUUUGGUUUGUUGAUACCAGACAUGUUUCUUGGUCACUUUGCUCAGUGGUCUUUUAGGAGUAAAUGUCCAACAUCCUUGGUUCUCUCCCUGGGUCCCAUUUUGUGAGCUGGGACCUGUGGAAACACACAGACUUUCUAUUCAGGGUCCUUCAUCAUCUCCAAGGGAAGGCUGUGUGAAGGGAACUGCUUCGUUGUGUCGACAUCUGGUGUAGCAGUUUUCCCUGGCACUGUAAGUGGGAGGCCAGUAGGGGACUCACCACCCUGCCUUGGGUGUUGGCUGGCAGAAUGGGCAAUCUAGUUAAUCCUCAGUGGGGGUACUCUCAGUUGAACUAUUGUGAGUGGAUUCAAGAGGACGGGAGAUGGUAGAAACAGUAAGAGCAAAACCUUAAAGAACAUUCAUUGUCAAGACAGAGUUAUGUCAGUGGUUAUGAGCACAUAUUCCCAGCACCCACAUGGUAGUCCAUUAAUAUCUGUAACUCCAAUUCCAAGGCAUCCAUCACUCUCUUUUGACCUCUGUGGACACCAGACACACAUGUGGUGCAUGUAUAUACACACAGGCAAAGAACACACAUAAAAUAAUCCAAAAAAAUUCAAAGUACUCAUUCUCCUUUUCAGUUGCUUACAUUGUCACAAGUAAUACAGGCACAGUCGGAGCCUCUGAGAUGUUUUUAGAAAGCUCAUUGAGCUGUCUUUUCAAGAAGAAAAAUAGAUGUGCAAUAUGUCAGGUGUGGGGCCAGGUAUCCAUUUGUUAGGUGUAAUUUCAAGUGUCUUAAGUAGUAGCUGCCUUACUACAUUUUAAUAUUUAAUGGAGGUGACUAAGGUGACUACUAUCGGGGUAGUCAUCCUUUUCUCCAUUGCCAAAGCAGCCCUUCUUGUCUUCGAAAUCCUGGCUAACUUGUUCUGAUAUUUGUUUCAUUGAAGAUGAAAGUAGAUUUAAAAAAAACUAAGUGAUAGAGAUUUAAGACAGUUGUCUAAAAGCUGUUAUAAGGAUUAAAACUGGGCAUGGUAGCACAUGACCUGUUACCCAACACUUGGGAAAGUGAGGUACUUUCAAGGCCAGUAUGGCCUUUCUUGAAAUCUUGUCUCAAAAAGAAAAAAAAAAAAAGCUAGAAGUAUGUGCUAUUCAAAUAUAUAAUUAGAGAAUUAUGAGAAAAUGUAUAAUAGCAUAGUGGCCUGGGCAAUCUACAGUUGAUUACAUAUCAGUGACAGUUGACUUUUGAAAACCUGUCACCUCACCCCAGCUAAUAAUUGCAAGUAUCUGCUGGGAUUUCCUUAGGUUUUUCCAUAAAUUGAUGUUUCAAACAACCAGGAGCUUUGUAGAGAAUUUCUCUUAGUAAUACUGUGAAUUAAAAUACCAACUAUUUUACUACCAAACUCGAGAACUGUGUGGAGCCUUUGACCAACUGUGUAGGUUAUGUAUGCAGUUGAGCUAUGAGAGCAUAUUCACACCAUGACAGCUCCUAACAGUUCAUGAAGAGAAUGUGAUGACCUAUAUGCCAUUUAAAAACUCAAUUGUUUCACUGUGAUAGCUCAGUAGGGAUACUUCCAUUUGAACUGUUACAGUGGAUUUUUUUUCCCCCACUAUAAUAGCUGUUUUCAACUUUUGUAUAAAAUCUUUUCAGGGAAUACCGAAAUGAUAUAAAAUAAUCCAUAGCUUGUGGCAUUGCUGUAGACUGUGUUGUCCAUUCAGAAUUGAGCAGAACAUGCCUUCAUAGUACAUGAAUCACCAUUGACAUUUGAGAGCUGGAUCAGCAGUGUUGUGAGCACUGUAUGAGGUCUGUGAGCUGGAAUUCAGAACCUGGGCACGGGUGCAGGUGUUUACUUUGGCCAGGCAUUUUGCAUGAGUCUAUUACUGUGCUGAGUAGAGUUGUCUGAAGCUGCAGGAAGACAUCAUGACGAACUGUGCUGUGUAGACAGCAUCGUGAUGAACCUUGCUUUGUAGACAGCAUCAUGAUGAACCUUGCUGUGUAGACAUUACUGCCUCGAAACUGCUUUUUACCUUAAACUAUUUUGGUUUUAUAAUAAUGUGAAUAUCUUUCAGUUACUUUUGUAUCUUGAAAUUCUUAAAGGGGAGUAUAAAAUUAUAGAUUUGGGGUCUAGUUUACCAGUAUUGGAAGAUGCCUUAUUCUGUUUUGGAGAGAUUCAGCUCAGGUUUUUCUUGAGAAACUGUAUUGCUGUUACUAAAUAUGUACUCAAUAAAUAUUGGAUUUUC